UUCUGUGACUCGAGAGAGGCAAGCGCGAGUGUCAUUUGAGCCGCCAGUUGACUUCAAAACAGGAUUUUUUUUCCAUUUACAAAUCAAUAAGUGCUGUGUAAAGCGAGAGUUAAGACCUUCUUUACAAUAAGAGGAUACAUGCAAGAUCAAAUGAUACCUAAGACACAUCAUUUGAUUUGGGAAAUUCAGACUUUAUGUUCAGUUCAGACUGCAUGUACUUUAUAUAGGACACGUUGUUUACCAAGACAGUAUCGUCAAGCGGAAUGACCUUCGCUUAUGCGGCAAAACAAUCAGCAGUGAAGACCUUGAUUCUGUCACUCACACAGUGGUGCACUUCACAGACUGCCGUUCUCUGCUAGAGUGCUUAUUCACUUAAGCCUGCGCGUAUCAGUCUCGCAACCUCUCGUCAGGUAGCUGAUUUAUGUCAAUAAGAAUAAUGUAACAAAACCUCUAAGAAACUCUCUAAGCCCAAAAUGACUAUUCCUAAAGAAUUUCCAGGGACGUUGUUUCCCAUCAUUCCUCUACUGAAAUGGACAUCAGCAAAGAUAAGACAGACAGAAGAGGAAAGGCGGGUCCGGGCUAACGACAGGGAGUACAACGAGAAGUUUCAGUAUGCAAAUAAUUGCAUCAUGACCUCGAAGUACAACAUCAUUACCUUCCUGCCCAUCAACCUCUUUGAGCAGUUCCAGGAAGUUGCCAACACCUACUUCCUGUUUCUUCUCAUUCUCCAGCUGAUUCCUCAGAUCUCCUCUUUGUCCUGGUUCACUACCAUAGUGCCUUUAGUACUGGUGCUGAGCAUCACUGCAGUUAAAGAUGCCACUGAUGAUUAUUUUCGUCACAAGAGCGAUAACCAGGUGAAUAACCGCCAGUCUCAGGUGCUCGUCAAUGGCAUUCUUCAGAAGGAAAAAUGGAUGAAUGUGACAGUAGGGGACAUCAUCAAACUAGAAAACAACCAGUUUGUUGCAGCUGACCUGCUCCUUUUGUCUAGCAGUGAGCCACAUGGAUUGUGUUAUAUUGAGACUGCAGAACUAGAUGGUGAGUCAAACAUGAAAGUGCGCCAGUCCCUGUCUGUCACUUCAGAACUUGGAGACCCUACCAACCUUGCUCUAUUUGAUGGUGAGGUGGUGUGUGAACCUCCUAAUAAUAAGCUGGAUCGUUUCUGUGGGAAUCUAUACUGGAGAGAUUGUAAGUAUGCUCUGACCAACCAGAACAUGCUGCUGAGGGGCUGUGUGCUGCGUAACACUGAGAGCUGCUAUGGUCUCGUCAUAUUUGCAGGUCCAGACACCAAACUGAUGCAGAACAGCGGACGCACAAAGUUCAAAAGGACGAGCAUAGACCGUCUGAUGAACACACUGGUUCUGUGGAUUUUUGGUUUCCUGGUGUGUAUGGGUGUAAUAUUGGCCAUUGGAAAUGCUGUGUGGGAGAGAGAAGUAGGGUCUCUCUUUCAGCGUUAUCUCCCAUGGGAUCCUCCUGUUGACAACUUCCUGUUCUCUGCCUUCCUCUCCUUCUGGUCCUAUGUCAUCAUCCUCAACACUGUGGUGCCAAUCUCGCUGUAUGUAAGUGUGGAAGUGAUUCGUUUAGGUCACAGUUACUUCAUUAACUGGGACCGGCGGAUGUUCUGCAGUCGCAGUAACACAGCAGCAGAGGCUAGGAGUACAACACUAAAUGAAGAGCUGGGUCAGGUGGAGUAUAUUUUCAGCGACAAGACAGGAACCCUCACUCAAAACAUCAUGUCCUUUAACAAGUGCUCGAUCAAUGGAAUUACUUACGGUGAAGUACUGAACAUUCCAGGAACUCAGCAUAAAAGGGCUCAGCCUCUGGAUUUCAGCACAUGGAACUCGUUGGCUGAUUGUGAUUUUCGGUUCUACGACUCAUCGCUGCUGGAAGCUGUGAAGGUCGGGGAGCCAACAGUGCAUGAGUUUUUUCGUCUUCUAUCUCUUUGUCACACUGUCAUGAGUGAGGAGAAAAGUGAAGGAGAUCUGGUGUAUAAGGCUCAGUCUCCUGACGAGGGUGCAUUAGUGACAGCAGCACGCAAUUUUGGCUUUGUGUUCCGUUCUCGUACGCCUGGAACUAUCACUACGCAGGAACUGGGAAAAGCUGUCACAUACACACUUCUUGCCAUCCUGGACUUUAACAACAUCCGCAAGAGGAUGUCAGUCAUAGUAAGGACUCCUGAGGGCCAUAUUCGUCUGUACUGUAAAGGAGCAGACACGGUGCUGUUUGAGAGAAUUCACUCCUGCAACCAUGAGCUAAUGAACAUAACCUCAGACCACCUCAGCGAGUAUGCAGGUGACGGGUUACGGACGCUGGUGCUGGCCUAUCGGGAUCUGACUGAGGAGCAGUGGGAGGUGUGGGCAGAGCGUUUCCGUGGUGCUGAAAAAGCUACAGAUUUCAGGGAAGAUCGCCUGGCUGAUGCUUAUGAGGAGAUCGAACAGGACAUGAUGCUUUUGGGAGCCACAGCUAUAGAGGAUAAGCUGCAGGAGGGUGUGGCUGAGACCAUCGCUAUCUUGUCACUGGCUAACAUUAAGAUUUGGGUGUUAACUGGAGACAAACAGGAGACAGCGGUGAAUAUUGGCUACUCAUGUAAAAUGUUGACUGACGACAUGACAGAGAUCUUCAUUGUUAAUGGGCACACUGUCCAAAGUGUCCGUGCAGACCUCAGGAGAGCAAGGGAGCGCAUGAUGGAGUCUGCCCCCACAAGAGAUGGUGGAAAAGAGGCAGAGACUCAAGAGCUGGGUAACGGAAUUGAGACAGAUGCAGCUAAGCAGGAGAAAGGUGCCCAAACCCAGUCCCAACCUACCUCAGUGCUGGAGUCCAUCAAUGGAGAGUUUGCACUUGUUAUCAGUGGACACAGCCUAGCUCAUGCACUGGAGUCAGACAUGCAGCAGGAAUUUUUCGAGACAGCAUGUGCAUGUAAGGCAGUGAUCUGCUGCAGGGUCACUCCUCUACAGAAGGCUUUGGUGGUCGAACUCGUCAAGCGGCACAAGAAAGCCGUCACCCUCGCCAUCGGAGAUGGAGCCAAUGACGUCAGUAUGAUCAAGACGGCUCAUAUAGGCGUGGGAAUUAGUGGACAGGAGGGUAUCCAAGCAGUGCUGGCGUCCGACUACUCUAUCUCCCAGUUCCGCUUCCUGCAACGACUCCUACUGGUACACGGCCGCUGGUCCUACCUGCGCAUGUGCCGCUUCCUCUGCUACUUCUUUUACAAGAAUUUUGCCUUCACCAUGGUGCACUUCUGGUUCGGCUUCUUCUGUGGUUUUUCUGCGCAGACAGUAUAUGACCAGUACUUCAUCACUCUCUAUAACAUUGUGUACACAUCAUUGCCUGUUUUGGCCAUGGGCAUCUUCGACCAGGAUGUCCCUGAGCAGCGUAGUCUGGAGUACCCAAAACUGUAUGAGCCAGGUCAGCUAAACCUGCUCUUUAACAAGCGUGAGUUCUUUAUUUGCAUUACUCAAGGAAUCUACACAUCUGUUGUGCUGUUCUUUGUGCCAUACGGCGUUCUUUCACGAGCCACACAGAGCAACGGUGUUCCGCUCGCUGAUUAUCAGACCUUCGCAGUCACCACCGCCACGGCCCUCAUCAUCGUCGUCAGCGUUCAGAUCUCUCUGGACACAGGAUACUGGACAGCUAUUAACCAUUUCUUUGUGUGGGGUUCUCUGGGGGCAUACUUCGCUAUCCUUUUCUCCCUGCACUCCAGCGUCCUGUUUAACUUCUUCCCCAAGCAGUUUCACUUUCUGGGAAGUGCGCAGAACACAUUAGCACAACCAGUGGUGUGGUUGACUAUUGCUUUGGCUACAGUCAUUUGCAUUGCCCCUGUGGUUACCUUUCGAUUCCUUAAACUAAACCUUAAACCCCAGCUGUCGGAUACUGUGCGGUACACACAGCUUGUGCGUCAGAAGAAGUGGAAGCCUGGUGGGCGUGCUGGAUCUGGUGUAGGUAGCAUGGGUGUCUCAAGGGGUGCAGCUCUUGGGCGUUCUUGUCAUGGUGGCUCCCGUCGCUCAGGUUAUGCGUUUGCUCAUCAAGAAGGCUUUGGAGAGCUGAUCACGUCAGGCAAAAAUAUGCGCCUCAGUACACUUGCUCUUGCUAACUUUGCCUCACGGCACAGCACCAACUGGAUCGAUACACUCCGCAAGAAAAAACAGACAGCGGCUUCCCCUCAGCAAACUUCAUCCAACUCACAGGCCUUACUCAUUUCCACAUCUUCCUCUCUGAGUGGCCCCCAGGAAACAUAUCCACAGAGCACAGGACAAACACAUGUGAACGCAGUCCCCAGCAACAGUCUUAGUGAUGUCCAGUUAAGCAAGACAAAUUUUGCACAAAUGGAGAUUGAAGCUACAGUCUUAUAGUGCAGGAAACUCUGUUUGGCAGCCUGGGGACAGGAACACGGCACAAUGGAGCCAGCAAUAUUUAUCAACUUCAUUCCGUCGGGAAAACAUCCACUGGCAAGUGAUGCAGACACACUUAGUGUGAACUCCUCCUUGAAUGUUUCACUUAUCUUACAUCUAACUGAAUACAAGGCCUUUCAUAUCAAGAACUCAUUGGCAUUGUGAUAUACAGACAUAAGUAAAAAAAAAAAAAGACCUCUAAGUGUGCAAACAGCAACAGCACUGAAAAAGGUAUACUUAAAAACACACAUACUGUUUCCUGUUGUUUCUGUCUCUGUUGUGUUGUGUGUACGUUUCGCUGCAUAACAUUUUGAUUCAAGCAAAAAAAAGUGUUCAUUUAUAAGAGAAAAAAAAAAUAGAAAUGAAAUGUCAUUGUGCAAGUUAACAGGCCCAGGUCCACAAAAUUAUGUAGUAACUAAAAUUGCUUUUCACUGCAGGUAAAUAUUUAAAAAUUUGUUUUCAGUUAAAAACUGUUUAUAUGCAGAUGAGAUUUCAGUAAAGGAAAGUCCUUAUUAAUGACAUCAAGGAUUUUCCUGCAUCCAAAUACUACAUGGUUUUACACAAGCAUUACUUUUGCAGAAAAUGUUUAAAGUUUCUGUAUGUUCCUGUCUGAGGCAAACGGACUUGUGUUAUACGCUUCAAGUGCAGUUGCCCCGAUUUAAUAUUAGACAAUACUACUAGACAAUGCAUUGAACUGUAAAUCCCCUAUACACUGUACAUAAGCAGGCUUUAGUUAUGUUAUAUACUGAUCCUCGUGUGCAAAUGUUGUAAAUGUCUUUUCCUCUCUUUAUUUGCAGAGGUUCUGUACGAUAAUUGAUAAACACAAUGCAGAAUGUCCAUACUUCAUAAGUCCUUUUUUCUUUCUUCAUUUUUUUCAUUGUCUUUUAAAGGAGUUUAUUGAUGAUUACUUUGAUUGUUAUUUUAGUGCCUGACAGCACUUUCCACCUACAUGAGUAUGGGUUAGAGGUCUGUAGCAUGGCUACUCAUGAAAGCGCAAUACUUGAAAACAUAUUCAUGAUACACAAAUGACACUAAAUGUCCAGUUUAAUAGGACAACUGCUUAUUCAUGCAAUUAUCAGCCUAUGAUGUGGCAGUAAUGAAAUGCAUAAAAUCAUGUUGGUAUCGAUCAGAGCCUCGGUUAUUGAUCACAUUAAAAAUCUAAAUGGUUGGGAAAAUGUCAUAUCAAUUACUUUUGCCAUGGCAUGACUGUUAGUGCAAUCUACAGUGACCAAAUAAUAUGUGGUGUGAACAUUAAAUUAAGCUCUUAAACCUGCAUUGUUUAAUGCAUUGCCCUGCUGUCAGAUGAUUGGCUGAUUGUAUAUUUGCUUGAAUGAGCAGGGGUUCAGGUAUUCCUAAUAAUGUGCAUGGUCUGUGUAUUUCAUGGAAUUGCAGUUUUGCUUUACAGAAUGCUAGAAAAGAAAAGAAAGGAAAGUGAAAAAUUCAGCUAUUAACUAUUUGUUAUUGUUGCAUUGACGGAGCUGAUCAGUGGUCAAAAGAUACCUGCUAUAUUUUUUGUCUACUCUGCCAUAAUUUAUCAUGGUAUGGAUUAUAUACCGUCAUAUUCAUAGAAACUUGUACACAGACCAUUAGAGGAUGUCCUGAUUCUGUGAAUAAUUUAGUGGAUAAAGCCUGGUAUGGACCCAAUGUGUGAAGUACUUUUCAUGUUGGUGUGAAUUCUGCAGUUCUCCAUGAGAACACAACAUGAACUCAAAUGAAAUAAAACUCUUGCUCAGCUUUCGCAUUUAUCACACCAUAUUGGUGUUUCAGAGCUGUUCUGAGCUGAACUUCUGGAGUACUCAGUACAUAGAGCCAUAAAUGUGCUCUUUUGGAUUUUAUAGGAAUGAACUGGAAAAAAAAACCCCAUCAUACUCAAAAACCAUCACACUCAAUGGAUCGUGUUUGUAGGACCAAUAAUGGUCUCUAUAUCAAAGUGGCCUUAGAUACAUGUUCAACAUGAGUUGUAUGCAAAGGUGAAUACAUGGCUGUACAGUAUGUAUUGUAAAACAUACCCACACAACAUUUCCUGUUUCAUUGGGUUUGGAGUAAAUCUAAUCUCAUUCCUCCUACUGGUGCAAAGAUAACAGUAGUAAUUUGCUUUGAAAGUUGAAAUGUGUUCAAUUGUACCCCUGUUUAAUCAUGUGUUUGUUGCAAUAAGAGACAAGCUCUUGUGUUACUUUGUGAACCAGCAUCUGCAGAUUUAAUCUUUAACAUCAUGCAGGUGUGUCUGAUAAAAUGAAAAAAUUAGUCAAUAUGAUUAAAAUUAGCAUUUAAAAAUCAA